AUGCGAUACAUUCCUCAUAUGCUUCAAUCAGAUGUGUCAGAUCCCGGUCGUGCGCUCAUGCUCGGCGCCGGCUUUGCAAAGCUCUAUGGACUCCCCAAUCAGCUCCUCGCACCCGUAGGCCUUUCGGUCACGCCUGAGCCAAGCGCCAACGACACCCCCGCCAGCGAAGCUUCGCAAGAAAGCUCGCCCGGCUACGAAGCAGACGGUUCUGGCUCUGCUGGCUCGGUAUCACCUCUCGAGGAUUCGCCCGCCAACGAGCAGUCAAGCUCUGACGAUAGCCGUGGCAAAGCGCGCGACUGUCUCUCCACCAAUGACAGCUCGCGUGCCUCUCCUCCUUCCACAGAUCCUACUACUGUUAGCCAGAGCGCGCCAUCGCAUUCAUAUCAUGACAAGCAGCAUGACGGGCUCGGCGCAGUCAAAACACUGCCUGUUCUGCCUCGACAUGUCGGCAAAGAUCCUGCUACCUCAAGUGCGUCUCUCGGUCGCACAACGCCUCCGUCUGCACCUUUCAUCACUCCUCCUCAUGCGACACAAUGCGAUUUGUUCCUCUUUGGCAAAGGAGAGUCUGCUUCGCCUGUCCCGCCGCGACCUGGUAUGACUACACCCGAUCGAAGGGAGGUCAAACUUGCCUUGCAAGAACAUUCGGCCGAACAAGGGGCACGUCAACUCAAUUCAACGGCUCGAUUUGCUCGUCGAACGCUCGAUUUCCAAUCGUCCUAUCUCGAUCCCAAUGCCAAUUCGGAUGCGCGGCUGGAAGCAGGGGGCUCGCCGCUUCAGUACACCCGUGCAACCACGUCGAGACCUUUGUCGCCUAUCGCGCCCCAAACAAAGCACAAUGAUCAUCUACUCAAUUUCGAGAAUUUGGCCAAGAUGAACAGGCAAGAGAUGCGUCUGCAGCUACUUGCAGGCAUCCCCACAUCAUUGACCACUACGUCGCCUUCACGUUCCUAUGGCGGUGGAAAUGGCCCGCUCGUCUCGCGUGCUGUUGGCUCGCCAUACAAUGUCUGGUGUACUAGUCUUCAAGUCGGACCCUUGCUGGAAGCUUUGCGCCGUACAUUCAAGCUUACUUUGCCGAUCCUGCAGCUAAGCCGAGGACCUGACACGCUCAAAUCGAUGCUUCAGAUUGUCGAGUACGCUGCAGCUGUGACGUCAUCAUUUCGGCUCACACGCUACUGCAUACGAAGCAUGCUUCGCCGACAGUCUGAUCUCGCUUUCAGCCUCCUCAGAACUGACUUCACACGAGAGGCACUCAUCAGUACCAUGACGCGCCAUUCCAACGGAUCCAUCAAUGCCCAAGUCAAAUCUUCUCGUCAAAGUCUGACCGGCCUCAAUCUCAUGUCGUCUGCCAGCGCCUCGACGGACGAUAUGGCAGCUUCAAAAAUCGUCUACGAUUCUUAUGCUGCUUCUCCCUUUGGCAAGACUGUCCUUCCUGCUGGAUCUGUCGACCUCGGCUUCUCUGUCUUUGAUCUCGACUGGCGACACACAGAGCCCGAAGCUAUCUUCAGCACCACAAAUGUCUCAAGUGAGCUGUCGACCUUUCUCAAAGCACGCGGCGAUGAAUUUGCGAAAGGCGGAUUGCUGUAUGUCACCUACUGUCAAGCCUCUGCACCUGCCCUCUCGCGUUCAGUCUCGGCCAGCCACACGCCUUUGCCGUGCUCUAUGCCUUUCGAACACUGCUCCCAUGGUAUUGUCGAACCCUCCAUUCAUUCCAAGGAUGUCUGGCGGCCUGUAAAGUCUGUCAUGGCGGUCUGCAUCCAGCGCCUCGUCACUCGCACCGUCAUUUCUUCCAGUCUCGCUCACCAACUGCUCACGACAUCCUUCAGACCUGUUUCUGUGCAAAGCACGAUCGAAACGCUUGCUGAGCUCAAAUCUGUGUGGGCUGUCGAAGCCUCACGACUUGGCCAUCAAAAAGCUGUAACACUUCUCCGAUCGCACAAUGUGGAGCUUCAUGACGAUCCUGCGCAACAUGGCGUUGCUAUCACGCUCGAGCCUCUCAGAUUCUCUUCCGCGACAGAUGCAGAGUGUCGAGCAACACGUACUGUGGACCUAGUCAAAUCGAUCUACGAUCACCAUCUGCGUCUCACGCUCACCGCAGCUGGUUGGGGCAACAACCGCGUAGAGUAUGCCCUUGCUGACAUCUACGGCACCUUGCUCGAAAAGGUCCAUGAAGGCGCACUUCAGGAGUCUCUCAGCCUUAAGCCCUGGCCCAACAACAUGACCCUCUGUCCGUCCAUCGUCAAUGCGGACGCUAUUCGCGAUGCCGAUGCGCUAUCGGUACAGCUCUCGCUUUCAUCAGUCGAUCAUCAGGCCCAUGGACGCUCUAAUAUGCGAGGGCUAGGCAGGGGCAUGCACAGUGUUGGCCGGCCUCGUCUAGCAUGUCGCACUGUCCCACGAACCGUGUUCAGCCCGACAGCAUGCCGGUCAUCGACUUUGUCGGUACGCGAUGGCAACCCGCCUCUACGCCCUCGCCAGCAUCUCUGUCUGUCCGGCUUGAACCCAUUCGCUCCCUCGGCCGAUGUGCCCGCUUCUUGGCUGCUCAAGCGUACCCCGGGAGGCGGUAGCAAGCAGAUUGAGCGCAAUCAUCAUCACCUUUUGCCUGUCGAAUUCGAUGAUUGGCUCGGUUCGGUAGGAUACGCCGAAGACACGGAGCAAAAUGGAGCGAUUGAAAUCAUCUCAUUGGCUUCGGGAAUGUCUCAUACCCUCAUUGCUUAUCGUUCAACGAACACGGGCGUCGAGCGCAUCUUCGCCGUCGGCCGCAACGAAUCUGGACAGUUGGGUAUAGGAUACAAUUCUCAGGAGACGACUCGCAAUCUCGUAGAGGGCUUCCAAGGCGACCGCAUUCUCAAUGUCGCAACCUUGGGCCUCUCAGGCAGCUUUGUGCUCGUAGAAAAUGCGUCGGGCCGCAAUGGCCUCUUCGCAAUGGGAUCGAGCUCGCGCGGCCAGCUGGGCAUCCCGCGCAAAGCAGACAGCAAGGAACGAGAUGAUCAGCUCCUUAGUCGUGCCACACUGGUGCCUAGACCUCAAGAUAUGCAAGGCAGCAUCAUCAGCAUCGCAGCAGGGCUCGAGCAUUUUCUCGCCCUCACGGACCAAGGCGAAGUCUAUGGGAGCGGCAUCAAUACGGACGGUCAAAUCGGCAGCGGCUUAUCGGACAGCGAUGUCACAGUCUUGACACGGAUACAGCUGCCUAAGGGCGAGCAACCGGAGCAUAUACGCGCAGGCGCUGAUACCAGCUUGAUCAUUACAUCCCAAGGCUCGGUCUGGUCUUGGGGCAAUUCUGAGUAUGCUCAAGCCCUACAUGGGCGCAAGAUCGAUCGCAUAGGCACGCCUACCGAGGUCAGCUUGAAUUUCCUGUCGGGCGCAGGCGUCCAGGAUAUCCAGCUCGGCGGUUCUCACGCCGUCCUGCUCGACGACCGUGGGCAGGUUUAUACGGCUGGCUAUGGCGCAAUCGCGCAUGGCGCGGAGCUACAAGCGCACUCACCGACAAGAGCGGACGGGCUCGAGGGCAUCACACGCAUCCGCAGCGGUCACGGCUAUGCCGCAGCGAUCAAAGAUCGCGUCAAUGCGAGUCCAGAUAUCUUCGCAUGGGGUCUCAAUAAUCCGCAGGGUCGACUAGGGCUCGGCAAACCGUCGACAUGCUCCCAUGUCCAUCGAGCGACACAAGUUGCCCUGCCGCGCAUUUCCGGUGCAGAUCAUCUGCGUCUUCUCGAUUUGCAAUUGGGCGGCGACACCAUAGCGUUUCAAGCCCCAUUCGGCUGGAAUGACGGCUUUGCUAGCCGUACCACUGCUACCGCAAUCAAAGAUGGUUCAACGGAUCUUAUCCGGCAUGGGCAUGCUGCUGCUACAUCGCUAGCACGCGGUUUCAGCUUGCGCAAGCGCUUUGCUGGCUGUUGCUUGAGCACGAACAAUUGGAAAGGUUCACGCUUUGGCUCAUGA